CUAAUUGCCCUUAAAAGCUCGAACGUCAUGCACUUGAUUCAAAUUCAAGAGAAAGAAGUUCAAAAGAAUCGAUCAAUCAUCAACAACUCAAAAAGCAAAAACCUUCUCGUGUAUUUCCAAAACUCUCCAUUUCCAACUCUUCCCUCUUUCUCCCUCUUCGCCUCCUUCUCCUUCUCUUUCUCUCUCCUCCUUCAAAACCCCCCAAAUCCCCUUUUCCCCAAAUCCCUAAUCUCUCUCCAUAAACCCUAAUUUUCAAUUGUAUGCCGCAUUUCCGCCGGAAAUCAUGCCUCCUCCGGCGGUUUCGGUAGAUUCCCGACCUCCCUCUGAUUUCAAUUUCAAUUCCCAAAAUGGUCCCACCAAUGCCGGAGGAGCUAGAGCUACUGCUUCAGCUACAACUGCAACCCAUUUUAGUAACGGUUGUAGCUUCAAUACUGGGUCUUCCUCUUCUUCUUCUACCUCAUUACCAGCUGUGGGCCGGGUUUCUUCGUCGGCCCGCCCCAAGCCCAGGCUUGUUAAGCAGAGGAAGAGCUCGAAAUCGUCUUCGGGUUUGUCGGAACCCGGUUCGGGGAUCAACCCUUUCCGAUCAGUAAGUUCCGUUAAUGUUGAUACUCCAAAUUGUUCUAAUUCUGAUAGUAAUAGUUUUGUUAGUCAGUUUCAAAAUGUGGGUUUUGUUUUUGGGGUUUCGAAUUCGAAUACGAAUGAUAGUAAUAGUAUUAAUAGCAAUAAAUUUAAUGUUGAUUGUAAUGUAGCAGCAGAAGCGUCUAUUUUUGGGUUUAGAGAUAGUAAUUUGCAUAAGCAAGAAUUUAGCUUUAGUGAGAAUAAGGCAAAUAAAGAUAAUUAUAGCUCAGAUGGUGUUGCAUUUAGCUUUGGUGCCAGUGCCAAGGAUCAAAUUGGUGGUAAUACUGUAAAAAAUGGUGAAAUUGGGGCGGAACUAUUGAAUGAGUUGCAGAAAUUGAAAAUUGAGAAGGAAAGAUGUGAUACUGAAGACAAUGUUUCUCAUAAAUUGAAUAAUUUGGAUGCAACGAAAGGUGGGGAUCAGCCUUUUGUGUUUAAGACUGGUGGGGAAAGUUCGGAUGGGUGUGGUGAAGGUUCUGUGCCAUUGAAAAGUGAUGUGAAUGCUAAGAAUUUGUUUGGAAAUGGGGAGGGUAUUUAUGAUGGUAAGAUGCGUGCCUUUGGGUCUAGAAAUUUCGAUGAUAGUGCCUUCGUUUUUGGAAGCAUUGGGAACUUCGCUAAGACAGGGGAUUCUAGCUCUCAAUCAUCUGCUUUUCCAGCUGAAAAUGAUGGAACAAGAGUAAAUGAAGAUGUGCUUUCUUCGUCAUUCUCUUUUUCAAGCUUAGAAGCUGAAACAUGUAAUGCAAAACCUGAGGUACACUCGUCCUCGAGUGAGAGGAAGGUGGAGUCAAGUUCUUCAGGUUUGCCUGAGGGAUUUGGAGUGUCUUUCUCAGAGUUUGAAUUACCUCAAGAUGCCCCGUUAUCCUUCUCAGCUAAUUUUACUAGUGGGUUAGGUAGAAAGGCAGAGUCUUAUCUAAAGACUCGAGGUUUGAAAGACAAAAAUUUGAGGAAAACGAAGGGAAAACCAAAGCAGUCAAAACCCACUAAGCUGCACCCUGUACAAACCCCGCUAUCUAGUGAAGGUGCUAGUGCUACUCCAGGCCAAGAAGCAUCUGAAUGUUAUUCGCCCAUGGACUUUUCCCCUUAUGAGGACACUAAUUCAAAUAAUGAUGUGCCUAUUACUAGCCAUCAUGAAACUUGUCAAACUAAGGUAACAACUGAAAAACCAUUUGCUGUGCGCUCAGAAUCAGAACUACAUGAUUCUAGUACUGACAUCAGAUCUAAAAUUAAUGGCUAUGGGGGUAAUGAGUUCCAGUUUUCUAUCAGUUCUGACAAAGCUAGUAGAGAUGCAGCGAAGUUUACAUUCACUACAUCAACUGCUGCUCAGGAUCAUGUUUCAUCUUUGAAGCGCUUACAUAGAAAGAAGUACCGUAUGAAACCUGUUUCUAUAACUAGUGGUGCAUCUAGGGUCCGAGGUUCUUCCAUGGAUAGUACUCCUCUUCUCAGUAAGUUGCAGGGUGCUGGUGGAAACUUCUUUUCCUCAAGCAAGGAUAAGCGUGAAACUGAAGCUGGUGAAGAGCAUGAGUCUGAAGCAUAUAGUGGUGCCGAAAAAGCUUGUGAGAAGUGGCGAAGGAGGGGAAAUGAAGCCUAUGAAAAGGGGGAGCUCUCUAAAGCUGAGGAAUUCUAUACAUGGGGAGUGAAUUGCAUCCCUCCGGGAGCUGCAUCAGAUGCCACCUUCAGACCUCUUGUGCGUUGUUACAGUAAUCGUGCUGCAACAAGGAUGGCUCUUGGUAGGGUAAGAGAGGCCAUACAAGAUUGCAAUAUGGCGGUUAAGCUUGACGCUUCUUUCCAUAGAGCGCAGAUAAGAGCUGGAAACUGUUAUCUUCUGCUGGGAGAGGUGGAUGAAGCCAUGCAAUGCUUUGGCAAAUACAUGGGUGAUGGUAAUGUUAUUUGUCUGGACAGAAAAGUUGUCAUUUCAGCCUCUGAUGGGAUUCAAAAGUCUCAGAAAGUGAUUGAGUGCACUAGGCGUUCUGCUGAACUUUUGAAACUCAAGACUUCUGAAGCUGCUUCUGAUGCCUUGCAACAUAUUGCUGAAGCAUUGGCAAUAAGUAUAAACUCUGAAAAACUACUUGAAAUGAAAGCUCAGGCACUUUGCAUGCUAUCUAGGCAUGAAGAGGCAAUAGCACUAUGCCAGAAGACACUUGAUUUUGCUGAAAAGAACUUUAGGACUGCAACUUCUAGGAAUAUCAAGGUUGAUGGCUCUUCAAAUGAAAGUCUAUGGAGAUACCGUACCUUAUCAAAGUGCCAAUUUCAUCUUGGAAACCUUGAGGUGGCCCUUGAUCUUCUGGAGAAGCACGUGAACAAAGCACAGGGAGCGUCAGACCCAUUAGCUCUCACUAUUCAUGAGCUGCUAAAGCAGAAGAGUGCUGGUAAUACUGCAUUUCACUCUGGAAAACAUGCAGAGGCUAUUGAACAUUAUACCUCGGCUAUAUUGAGUGGUAUGGAAGCCCGCCCAUUUGCAGCAAUCUGCUUUUGCAAUCGUGCUGCUGCACACCAAGCUUUGGGCCAAAUUCCUGACGCGAUAUCAGAUUGCAGCUUAGCGAUUGCCCUUGAUGAAAACUAUGCCAAGGCAGUUUCUAGACGAGCAACUUUGCAUGAAAUGAUUAGAGACUACAAACAAACUGCUGCUGAUCUCCGGAGACUUUUGUCUCUUCAUCAGAAGCAAUCUGCGGAAAAAUCAAAACAAUCUGGUUCUGGAAAUGGGAAGGAGUUAAGGCAAUUACAACAGCGGCUUUACCUGAUGGAGGAAGAAACAAAAAGAGAUACCCCAUUGGACCUUUACCUCAUUUUGGGAGUUACAAAAUCUGAUACAGUUUCUGAAAUCAAGAAGGCUUACAGGAAGGCAGCACUUAGACAUCACCCUGACAAGGCUGCUCAGUCCCUAGUUAAAAGUGGUGAAGUUGGAGAAGAAGGGCGUCACUGGAAGGACAUUGCAGAUUUGGUUCAUAAGGAUUCAGAUAGACUGUUUAAAAUAAUUGGUGAGGCAUAUGCUGUGCUAUCAGAUCCAACAAAGCGUGAAGAGUAUGAUAAUGAAGAGGAUAUGAGAAAAGCGCUUAAGGAGAACAGUAAUAUUAGAACUAAUUCGAGGAGAUACUCUGAGCAUUAUAGUCAAGGCUAUCCAUUUGAGAGGAGUAGCAGCAGGCGCUAUUGGCAAGAUAGUUAUAAAACUUACACCCACUCAUACAGAAGAUAGCCAUGAUAUGGCAUGUGGACAAGUUGAGCUUUUUGACCAAAGAUGGAGAGCAGGUUUUUGCUUUGGCACUCUCCAAGAAUUUCAAUGUGGUUUUCUGGUUGGCAACUAGAGGUGUGCUGGUCAGUGGGAAAUGCGCAUGAGAGUAUAACGUGCUAUGAAAGAUUCAAAAGUCUUCAUAUUGCGAGUUGGAGGUAAGUAAGCGACACUGACCUUUGUCAGGUUUGGUUCGUGGCCCCGCGUGCUUUUGGGGUUUGGUUCCUCUUGUUUAUGGAAGCUCAAGCUCGCAUUUUGGUAUGGUUGUAGAACUUGAGCAGAUAGAUAAACAUGGUCUGUCAUUGGAAAGUUAACAUAGAAGCAAAGCAGAUGGUUGGCUGAGGUAUUUUUAUCACGAAGACUAAGGGCAUCUCAAUUUCAAGAAAUCGAAAUGUGCAAAGACAUUCAAGGCGGUAUUUUUGGUCGAGAUAGGGAAUAGAGUUGUGAGCCUGCUGUGCCAAUUGUUUGCUGGUAUAGAAUUUAAGCAUGUAAACUGUGCAUCUUUGAUGUGGGUUUUACAUAUGUAUUAAUGUAACCCCACGUCUUUGAUGUGUACUGAGGGAUACAUUUCUAUCAUAUCCGCCACACACAGUUAUUGGAGAAUCAAAAUUUAUGCAAAUCAAGUAAGAUACUCGAAAGUGGAGUUUACUACUCAUUUGUUAACCAAUUUUUAUUCUCAACCUACAUAAAAUGAAAUGUGUAUUUCAUUGAAAUUUAUAAAAUGCAUAGAACGAAAUCCUUUUUUUUUUUCUUCUAAGGAAGCAUAGAAUGAAAACCUGAAUAUGUGUAAUAGUCUUCCAAAAGAUAUGUUAAUACUUACACCUUUAUAAGCUCCAGCCUAUUCUGUAUUGUUGAGAAGAUAAAUA